AUGGGAGGAAAUGGUUCCAGUUCCAGUACGCCCAAGCUGCCGCCCAAGAAGCGCUACCUGGAGAGUCUAGAAUCGAGCGGUGGUGAUUACACGAAAAACAAAUCAAACGUCCCAGCGACACUAGCAUCAUCAUCAUCAUCAGGAGGUGUAUCAAUCACCUCGAGUGGCAGCAGCAAUUCUGCAGCAGCGGCGGCAAUUCACUCAAACGGGCCACACAGUGCAAUACCACUACCACCAUCACAUCAGCUGUUCAGCAGCGCCAUCAUCGGCAGUCAGAAUGUCAACAACAACUCUGCUGCCUCUGCUCCAUCAACUUCCACCAACACUGCUGCAAACCCGAACUCCAAGUACAAGCUGCUGAGCGGCCCGCUGAUGCUGGACGACGACACCGCCUCGCUGGUGAUUGAGAAGCAGCUGGCGCUGGGCCUGAGCGGGACCAGCGCCAGCCGCCUGGGCCCCGGCAGCAGCAGCUUCAGCGACGCCGCCUCGCGAGUGGCCGCCAGCCAGACCAAGUCCGCCAUUGGCGGGCUUACCUUUGACACGUCGCUCUUUGAUGACCGACGGACUGAUGGACCAUCACCACAGAGAACUACCGCAGCUGUGUCUGCAGCAGCAGCAGCAGCGGCAGCCAUGCCCGUGGCCACCUCCAUCGCCAGCAAUGGCCACCUGAUUGAGAUUGUGCAGAGCAACUCGGAGAUGAAGGCGGCCAAUGCGAUGCUCGCCAUGGCGAAGGCGGCCGCACAGCAGAACAGCAGUGCUGCCAAUGGAAGCUCUACUCUGCUUGCUCAUCAUGGAUCACCGAUGCAUCAAGGAGGCUUUGGAGCAAACAGGCAAAUCCUCGACACGGACAAUGGCAGCGACACUGCCUCCGACGAGGAGAUGGAGCUUCACAUGGCCGCCGCGGAGGCGAUGAAGAACCAGCAACAGCAGCAGGCAAUGAUGAUCCAUCAGCAGCAGCAUCAGGCUCGUACUGUGAUGGGCGCGCCCACUGUGGGCGUGGCAGCUCGUUCUGACGAGGACGACGAUGAGGACGAUGAUGAUGAUAAACCGCUGAAUCUGAGCGCCACCUCGACGGUGCCGGCUACCACGACCACGGCUUCCGCGAGCAACAGUAGCUCGAGCACCGCCGCUGCCACCGCCGGCACCAGUCGCGUCUACCAGGCGUCCAACCAGCAGAUCAUCGACAUUUACAUUGACAAGUUUCUCAACACCGGCAUGGUGUGCAAGAACAACGGCUACGCCAAUCAGGCGAAUGCUCCCGGGGCGCGCUUCAGAGAAUCGACCAACAGUCAGAUUAUACUGAAGCCGCAGCCGGCGGUGACCAUUGCCGCGGCGACGGCCGCUUCGGCCGCUGCCGCCGCCCCCUCGACGCCAUCGUCAGCGGUGAUGACUACUGCCAGCAAUGGUAGUGGUGCUGGUGGACUGCCAGUGAAUUUGACCACGACGACUGAUAAUAUUGGCGGUGCACCUUCUUCCUCCGCCUCCUCUAUCCCCGCCACCACUCCCAUCACCACCAGCACCUCCUUUAUAAGCAGCAGCAACUCAGCAGCUCUGGUGCAUCAGAACUCUCAGUCGUUGCCGAGUGCUGGUGCUGGGGCCACCACCAGCGCCUCCAAACUGGUGCUCGUGCCAAAGGACUUUAGUCUGCAGCGAGUGGCUGCGGUGGCCGCAGCGGCCAUUGCUCCAAAUGGAAGUCCGGUUCAGCAGCAGCAGCAGCAGCUGGUGCAGAUUGUGCCCAGCAGCAGCUCCGCCGCUGCCGUCACCUCGAUUCCAGUGGUUAGCUUUGGCAGCAGCAACAACGGCAACAAGAGACCGCUGGAGGUGCUGCAGAAUGGAGGUGGAAAUACCAGUGGUGGAUCACCGGUGAAGAUUCCGGUGACCUCUGCCACCGCAGCGGCCAUUCUGAAAACAGUGAGCCAGGCCAGCAGCAGCCCGGACACGACGCCCAACAAGCGCAACCGCGUCAACGGCAUCGUCACCGGCGUCAGUGAGAUCAUCCUCGCCCACCAGGCUUCGGCCAGUCAGCAGCAGGCGCAGCAGCUUCAGCUUCAACAGCUGAACAGCGGCGCAAAUCAGCACCACCACCAGUCGUCGAAGUUUGUCAGCGGCGGCUUCGACCUAGAGGAGCACAUUCGGGCACUGCCGCAACUGGCCGACACGCAUCUCAUUAAUGCACUGCAUAUGCGCAAUGCUCAUGAUGGAGCUGGGUACGGUGGCGGCAAGGGCAAGGACAGCGCCAGUGAACGCGCCAAGACAAAGUCCAAAUCGAAAACGGCGGGCAAGGUGGCCACCACCACUUCUACCGCCACUACGACCACCGGCAGAAGCAUCAAGGGAGGAGGCAACCCUUCCAAGAAGGUAGGCAGUUCGGCGAGUUCGACGACCACUUCGGACAAGACCACCACCACUACCACCCCCUUGAAGGAGGCUCCUGCCUCGGCCACUGGAGCUAAAUCAGGCGCUGGAGCUAAAUCAGGCGCUGGCGGCACUUCCACCGCCUCUGCCGCCGCCGCCGGUAAAAUGCCCUCGGUGAAGGCGUCGUCUGCGGCUGCUGCUGCCGCCGCCUCCGGCACCAAGGCCAAUUAG